AAACUACGUCAUCACCACACCCCGCAAAUGGACAUCUGGAGAAACUGUUCAAGUGUGUUCCUUUAUUUUAAACUCUACAUCUACAGAGAACUCGAUCACAGUUGCAGUUACAAGCGUAGACGGCAGUGAACAUCUUAUACCUAACAGAGUCAUCCAGAUUCCAGAAGGUAAAACUGAACUAUGUGAAAAAGUGUUUGUUCCUCCACUGAGACGUGACAAGGGUCUGCUGGAAAUAACUGGAUCUUUAGGAGGGAAACAAGUCCAGUACAAGAAGGACAUAUUACUUGUUUAUAAAGUUGCAAAGACAUUCGUCCAAACUGAUAAAUUUCUGUAUAAGCCUAAUCAAGAUGUCAGGUUCAGAAUACUGACAGUAGUGGGACCCUUCCUCAAGAUUUCAACUGAUAAGUAUCCAUUAAUAUGGGUAGAGACGCCAUCAGGCAGUCGCAUUGCUCAGUGGCGGGAUGUUAACAAUACUGGACUUAUUCAUCAAUCUUUUAUACUGUCAGACGAACCUGAAGAGGGUACAUAUAAGAUCCAUGUAAAUCCACCUAAUGGAGAAGCAGCAGAGGUUCGAACGUUUAAGGUUGAAGAAUACGUUUUACCACGCUUUGAUGUCACACUGGAGCCUCCUAAUUACAUCCUGGGAACUGAUAAAAAGUUCAAAUUCACUGUAUGUGCAAGGUAUACAUAUGGACAACCCGUAAAGGGUAAUGUCAUGCUCAAAGUUGACAAUGGAGGAUGGGGAAGCAGCAAGAUUAUUCAUACAGUUAAUGAACAGCCAGAUGGUUCCCCUGCUGGAGGUAAACUUAUGGAAGUAUGUGCUGAAGGAAAAUGCAAGAAUAUUACAACAUCUUCAAAUGGUGUUCUGGACUUCAUUGUUCCACUUUCUAUAAGCAAACAUAUACAGAUCAAAGCCGUUGAUUAUCCUUCAGUAAAAAAUCCCGUAUCAAACUGGCGGCCUAUCAUGUACGAGUCCAUCUUCAUGUUACAUGUUAAAAGUUACCACUCCCCAUCACGUUCUUCCCUCAUCAUUUAUGCUCCGAAGAAACAUUUACCAUGCUCUACAGAAUACAGAGAGCUUACCAUUCCCAUUAUGUUUGCUGCCGUUAACCAGAAUAGAGCCACCGUUACCGUUCAGGUUGUAUCACGAGGGCAAAUCCAGUUCUCACGCACAGAAGAGCAUGAACUACUUCCAACUAAUUUACCACUCGAUGAAGCACAUUUAGUGGAACCUCUUCCUGAACCACCUCAGAACGUCGUAAGAGGAUUCAUUGAGAUUCCAAUUAGACUUCCACCAACAGCAUCACCCAGAGCAAAGGUGGUGGUUUGGUAUACCCGCGAUGAUGGAGAGGUUGUGCCAGACAGUAGGGAAGUGGAUAUAAAUAAGUGCUUUUGGAACAAGGUCAAUCUCUCAUGGUCAAAUUCCAGGGUUCAACCAGGGGAGCAAGUAAAUCUUGAUUUGUCUGCUGAACCAGAAUCCAUCUGCAGUCUGGAGCCUUCUGGUCCGCCUUCAGUUCCUGCUGGUAUACCAGGCUCCAACUUUCCUGAAGCAGUCCCAUUCAAUCCAGAAUUAGAGCCAGCAGGAGUUCCAGUUGAAGAUUUGACUGCAGUUAGAAUGCUGUCACAACAUUUUCUUGUAAAACGAUCAGGAGCAAUGCGAUGGCGGCUAUUUUCUUACUCUGAUGAAGUAGAUGCUCUGAAAAUAUUUGAUAAUGCAGGACUGUAUUUUUUCACUGAUUUAAUCACGGAGACAAGGCCUUGUACCAGGAAUCGUGAAGGUCCACCAUGGAUCUCUUAUGCAGCAGGAAUGAGCGUUCGACAUCCACUAUUCGAGUCACCUCGUGUUCGUGUUGCAAAUGCAGCUGUGGCCGAUCACCUGCUAAUUAUCAAUGAACAUAAUGAAGUUGACAGCGUGACACCUAUCUCAGAAAAUACCAACAAACCCUCGUGUCUAUUUUCCGAGACUUGGCUGUGGCAACUCUCUACUCUCCCUGUGUCUGGUGUGAGCAGUGAACAAUUGACCCUACCUGAUACAAUUACUGAAUGGGUGGGAAAAGCUGUUUGUGUCCAUCCAGAUAAAGGCCUGGGAGUAUCAGAGCAAGCUCUAAUAACAACCUUUACACCUUUCUUCAUUGAUCUCACCCUUCCACCAUCUGUGAAACGUGGCGAGAUCUUCCCAGUGAAGAUUUCAGUCUUUAACUACCUGGAAGAAGCUUUACCCGUUAAAGUACAGCUUGUAAAAAGUGCUGAGUAUGUGAUUCUAGAAGAUCUUGAAAGUGGACAACCUGAGAACCAACGUAGUUCAUGUAUCCCUCCCCAAGAUAAGGUAGUUCACAGUGUGAAGGUUCGUGCUCUGUCACUGGGUGAAGUUAAUCUUACAGUUAUAGCUUCUGUUGAUGAAGUCUACCCAGAGGUGUGUGGGUCUGAGUACGUCAUAAGCAAGAGUGAUCACAUAGUGAAACCCAUCACUGUACAUGUGGAGGGCUUCCCAAGAGAGAAGACUUGGACCAAAUAUAUUUGUUCUAAGGAUAUUGAGGAAAAUGUUGACUCUUUAGAAAAAUGGAACAUUGAAACACCAACCGAAAUAAUUCAGGACUCUGCUCGAGGUUGGGUUUCUGCAGUUGGAGAUCUUCUUGGACCUACGCUUGAG